AUGUUGACCAUAAGCAGGCGCUUGGCUCUGACGUCAGCCCGGCCUACGCUCAUCAGCAUUCUACCCAAGAAAAAAACAAUCAACCGUCUUCUUUUCGACAAUGACUCCCGUCUCGUAUAUAAAAAGGUGAUGAAUGUACUCACCAAUGUCUACGACAACCUAGAUAAACCAGAGGAAAUACGUCUACCGAAAUAUGCCACACACGCUGAUUUGAUGAUGCUUCGAUCGAUUCUCUACGAUAUCAGAAGCGUGACCAAGUCUGUGAACAGAAACUUGGUGGACUUGGAAAACGAGUUGGUGGAGCAGGCCGCAGAAUUGGGCAACAACGAUGCAAUUGCAAUGCUAGCCUUCGAGGCCAUUCAAGAAAAAUCCACGUCCAAAGACGACUAUGAACAUGCCAAUAGUCUUAUUCGUCAACUAAGUGAAGCAAAGCAUCCCUUAGUGUUCAAGUUGGCAGGAGACUUGGCGUUUAGUAAGAAUUUCCAUGAACAGGCUGCGAAGUAUUGGCAAGAAUUUCUCGAGUUGGAAAACAAUACCAUUUUGGCCAGUCACGUAUACUCCAACUUGGGUGCGUACUACUAUCACUACUUGAGCCCGCGUCCUGACCUCAAGAAAGCCAAGCUAUGUUUUGACAAAGCCAUUCAGUUUGGCGAGCUCGACUCGCAUAUCGUAAAAGCUCAUUACUAUUUGGGCCAGCUAUAUACCAUCACCGAUCCUGAGUUGUCUCGAUAUCACUUGCAGUUGAGUGCAUCUCGUGGACUCCAAGAAAGUUUCCCCUCCUUGGGCUUUCUCGAACUCAAUGUGUUCAAUAAUAUUCCCAAAGCCAUUGAAUGGUUCAAACUCGGUGUCGAGUCCAGCAGUGACUUGUCAUGUUUGAUUGGCCAGUUCGAUGCUCAUGUCAGAUCGGGCAACUCUAUAAAUGCCCUUAGCAUUCUCGCAAACUUGGAGGCUUUGCGAGCAAAACUCGAUAGGGUUUUGAAUAAGACUCCCCAAAAACUUCCUGCCAAAUACAAGGAGUUGGCCGAAACCAACUUCCUUCUCUUGAACACUUUUUUCAGCACCCGUCAGAAUGACAUUGCCAAUUUGCGGGUCUAA